GAGAGCAGUCGACAAAGCCAAAUCUGGACCGCAUAUAUAUAGUCGUACAGAUUGAGUGUAAAGCUCAUUACCUUUUUAAGGGAAGUCUUCUUUUUUGGUUUCAGCUGGGUUCCAGUUUCAUUUCUAUAAGAAGAUAUCUCUUAAGACAUCUCUCGUCUCUAUUAAUUCUCUGUUUUGCGUUUUAAUCCGUUUUCAUAAGAACAGAACAGAAACAGAGCAAGAAACUAAAAAAAAAAAAAACAGAGUUUAAGACAGAGAAGUCUCUCAUGGAUGUAUAUACUUUCAAUGUUUCUUUAUCUCUGUGUAAAGAUGUUGCCGGAAUCGCAGGCAACAUAUUUGCAUUUGGGCUAUUCGUUUCACCAAUGCCAACGUUUAGGAGAAUCAUGAGGAACAAAUCUACAGAGCAAUUCUCGGGUUUACCAUACAUUUACGCUCUCGUAAACUGCUUGAUAUGCCUUUGGUAUGGCACACCUUUCAUAUCACACAGCAAUACUAUGCUUAUGACUGUGAAUUCUGUUGGAGCCACUUUUCAGCUUUGCUACAUUAUCCUCUUCAUCAUGCACACAGACAAGAAGAACAAGAUGAAGAUGCUUGCUUUGCUUUUUGUGGUGUUUGCUGUGGUUGGAUUGAUUGUAGCUGGAAGUUUGCAGAUACCUGACCAGCUCACACGAUGGUACUUUGUCGGGUUCUUGAGCUGCGGUUCUCUUGUCUCGAUGUCUGCCUCGCCUUUGUUUGUUAUAAACCUAGUGAUUCGGACUAAGAGCGUUGAGUUCAUGCCUUUUUAUCUCUCUCUAUCGACUUUCUUGAUGAGUGCUUCCUUCUUACUUUACGGGUUAUUCAACAGUGACGCCUUUGUUUAUAUACCAAAUGGAAUAGGAACUAUUCUUGGUAUAGUGCAGCUGGCUUUGUACUGUUACUACCACAGGAAUUCUAUAGCAGAAGAAACAAAAGAGCCUCUGAUUGUAUCUUAUGUGUGAAAUUAGCACAAACACUGAGGGGAAAAAAAAACACCUCAGGAAAUGUGGUGACAUACAGAUUCUUUGUUUGUUAUUGUUGUUGUCUACUUUGUAUAGCUUCUUGUAACCAUCGCGGCUUUCGUUCUCUCAUGGCGUGAAGAUGUUUAUCCUCUCGUGCUUCUCGUCAUGAUCCAAGGGUGGAGUUUGUUUUCCAGUUUUGAUGGCUCUAAUAAAUUGCUGAAGAUUAUCUGAAGACAAAUGACAGAUUCACUAGUGUGGGUUUUUAUUUGUUUGUGUGAUGCAAAUCUACAUGGUGGGAUCGAUUUGAAGAACUAGGUUCAUAUACUGUUUGCUUUUCUUUUUAUUUUUUUGUAGAAAUUCUAUUUGUUUGUGCAUAAGAUUUUGUUUAUUUGAGAUGUAAUCAUUGGUGGGUUGAUUUGAA